UAGCCCGGGGCCCCCCAGCAUGAAGACCCCGGCGGACACAGGGUUUGCCUUCCCGGAUUGGGCCUACAAGCCCGAGUCGUCCCCUGGCUCGAGGCAGAUCCAGCUAUGGCACUUUAUCCUGGAGCUGCUACGGAAGGGGGGGGCCGUCAUCGCCUGGCAGGGGGACUACGGGGAGUUCGUCAUCAAGGACCCUGACGAGGUGGCCCGGCUCUGGGGUGUCCGCAAGUGCAAGCCCCAGAUGAAUUACGACAAGCUGAGCCGUGCCCUGCGCUAUUACUACAACAAGCGCAUCCUGCACAAGACCAAGGGGAAGCGGUUCACCUACAAGUUCAACUUCAACAAACUGGUGCUGGUUAACUACCCUUUCAUUGACGUGGGCUUGGCUGGGGGUGCGGUGCCCCAGAGUGCCCCGCCAGUGCCGUCGGGCGGCAGCCACUUCCGCUUCCCUCCCUCGACGCCCUCCGAGGUGCUGUCCCCCACCGAGGACCCCCGCUCACCCCCGGCCUGCUCGUCGUCCUCGUCCUCCCUGUUUUCAGCGGUGGUGGCCCGCCGCCUGGGCCGAGGCUCAGUCAGUGACUGUAGUGAUGGCACGUCGGAGCUGGAGGAGCCACUGGGAGAGGACCCUCGGGCCCGGCCACCUGGCCCUCCAGAGCUGGGUGCCUUCCGAGGGCCUCCACUGGCCCGCCUGCCCCAUGAUCCUGGUGUCUUCCGUGUCUAUCCCCGGCCCCGGGGUGGCCCUGAGCCCCUGAGCCCUUUCCCUGUGUCGCCGUUGGCCGGGCCUGGCUCCCUGCUACCCCCGCAGCUCUCGCCAGCUCUGCCCAUGACGCCUACCCACCUGGCCUACACACCCUCGCCUACGCUGAGCCCAAUGUACCCCAGUGGUGGCGGGGGGCCCAGCGGCUCAGCGGGGGGCUCCCACUUCUCCUUCAGCCCUGAGGACAUGAAACGGUACCUGCAGGCCCACACCCAAAGCGUCUACAACUACCACCUCAGCCCCCGCGCUUUCCUGCACUAUCCCGGGCUGGUGGUGCCCCAGCCUCAACGCCCCGACAAGUGCCCGCUGCCACCCAUGGCACCCGAGACCCCACCGGUCCCCUCCUCAGCUUCGUCGUCCUCUUCCUCCUCUUCCUCCCCGUUCAAGUUUAAGCUCAAGCCGCCCCCGCUGGGACGCAGGCAGCGGGCAGCUGGAGAGAAGGCUGCAGGUGCCGACAAGGGCAGUGGCAGCAGCGGGGGCGCCCCCACCACAGAUCAAGGUGGAGCCCAUCUCAGAAGGCGAGUCAGAGGAGGUGGAGGUGACUGACAUCAGUGAUGAGGAUGAGGAAGAUGGGGAGGUGUUCAAGACGCCCCGCGCCCCACCUGCACCGCCCAAGCCGGAGCCUGGCGAAGGCUCUGGGGCUGGCCAGUGCAUGCCCCUCAAGCUGCGCUUUAAGCGGCGCUGGAGUGAAGACUGUCGCCUGGAGGGGGGUGGGGGCCCCACUGGGGGUCCUGAGGAUGAGGGUGAGGACAAGAAGGUGCGUGGGGAGGGGCCUGGGGAGGCCGGGGGACCCCUCACCCCAAGGCGGGUGAGCUCAGACCUCCAGCACGCCACUGCCCAACUCUCCUUGGAGCAUCGAGAUUCCUGAGGGCUGUGGGCAGGGGGCCCAGGUGUGUCCCACCCCAUGCUUCUUUUGCUGCCUUAAACCCCCAUGCCCUGGAGGUGAGGGCAGCCCUCUAGUCUCUUCCCUGCCUCCUCUCUCUCCCCACCCCACAUUUUGUAUAAAACUUUAAUAAUUUUUUUUUAAAUGGUGGGGGGGGGUGGGUGCCCAGGGCUGGGGGCUUUCCCCCGUCUCUGGGUUUCUAAGCUCUGGGCAGAGUGGUGGUAGCGGGGUGGAAGGGGGAAGUAAAGGGGGCCACCUCCAUUCUGGGGAAUUUAUAUUUGAACUGAGGCUUUGUCCUCCAUGCCCAGGAACUUUUUUAUUACAAUCGCUUAGGAAGUAAAGCCUUGUCUCCCUCCCUGUU